CCCGCCCGCCCCCGCGUUCUGAAGGCGGACGAACGCAUCCACACCGAACGCAGUUCACUUGUUGAUACCGCGGUGGAAACCCGCCCAAGAAACUAGUUUAGAAACCAGAUUUCGCCUGUACACAAUGCCUGCCAGAAACAAGGACCAAGAACAAGAGGUUCUCACUUGGAUCUCUGAUGUUUUGGGAGAGCCGCUACCAAAUGGCGCAUACGAAGACGUGCUUAGGGACGGUGUGAUCCUUUGCAAAUUGGCCAACAAAUUGGCUCCUGGAUCAGUGAAAAAAAUACAAGAGAGAGGGACCAACUUCCAGCUCAUGGAGAACAUUCAAAGGUUCCAAGCGGCAAUCAAGAAAUACGGAGUACCAGAAGAAGAAAUAUUCCAAACCGCCGAUCUUUUUGAGAGGCGUAACAUUCCCCAAGUAACAUUAUGUUUGUACGCUUUGGGAAGAAUUACUCAAAAACAUCCCGAGUUUACAGGACCUCAGCUAGGACCUAAAAUGGCUGAUAAGAACGAACGUACCUUCACGGAAGAACAACUUCGGGCCCACAACGCUGAACUAAACCUCCAAAUGGGCUUCAAUAAGGGCGCCUCCCAGUCCGGUCAUGGUGGCUUCGGUAACACCCGCCACAUGUAAACUGCUUCUAAAUUUUUCCCAAUAUUUUCCACAUUGAUAUCAGUAUUCGUGCAUGGAAGAAUUUGGUUGAAUGAUUUUUUUACUUUCAAAAUUAUCUUGCCGAUUACGCUAUGUCAAAGAUCGUGUGAUAGAUUUUACCUAAUAUAUUUUAAGUAUUAGUCAACGGCUUUUGUUACAUUAAUUUUCGUUUCUACACUUUAACUUAAUGUAAAUAUUUAACGUUUUUAAUAAAGGAUAAUUUCUAAAUAGAA